GUGAAACGUGAUGGAAAAUCAAACGUCUAGUAACUCAUUCCACCAGAAUAUCACGUACGGCUGUUAUGAAGGGGAAUAUGCCAUCUAUGUGUCUUCGUUGUUCUUCGCUGGUGUUGGUCUCCCUUUGGCCCUCGUUGCGAUCAUCGCUCUUCGUUCAGUGGUACGAGCGGACCACGUUGCCCCCGUGUACGUCAUCAACCUCCUGAUCUCCGACCUCCUUCAGCUUUGCUGCACCGUCGUUUUCGUGGCAACAAAUCAGACGAAGAUUUGCAAAUACUUUUACCACAUUUUUAACUAUGGUCUCAUGGUCAGCAUUUGCUUUAUGGUGAUCAUCUCCUUGGAAAGGUACCUGACUGUGGCCUGGCCGCUCUGGUACAGACUGAGGCGAAACAUCAGGACGUCAGUCAAAAUCUGCAUUGUGGCCUGGCUUAUUUGUCUGUCAUUGUUGAUCAUUAAUGAUUUGAUGGGGGAAUUAAUAAUCCUUAUGGCGUGUUUCCUGAUCCUUCCAGUCCCUUUGUUCAUUUUUUUCCUGUGGGGAACUGUCAAAGCCUUAAACAGGACGCGCAGCGUUCAAACUGACGAAAAACGCAGGAUUAUAGCC